UGGAUGUCCACCUCCCCCAACUCUCUGUUCAACUCCACCACUGAGAGAAUGUUCCAACAUCAGUGGGCAGCAACCUCUCACGGGCACAGUUCACUAGACGCACACUCAAAUAGGGAGAAUAUAAACAAGGAGAGACUGUCCAAGGGGAAGGAGUUUAAUUCCACUCCAGAUCUAAGUGGAUCAGAUGAGAUCCAAAACGGCUACCUGUCAGACGACAUCUCUGACUCUGUCCAAGGAAAGAUGGCGAAUCACCUCAGAAAAUCACAUUCUGUCGAAAUGGUAAAUCGUGGAGUAUCAUCACCAGAUAGUGUAGGCCGGCCACCACUGGGGCGCCCCAGGUCAGAGACCCGUCUCUCCUCUCCAUCCUUACCCAGAAGCACACCCAAGAGGUCCAACACUCCAACCUCCUUUCUGAUGUGCUCUCCAGGCAGUGAUGAGCUGUUACAGCUACUGGAGAAUAUUGGCAGGGAGAGCAGCAACCUGAAGUCUGAGCUGGAAAAGGCCAGAAACAGGGAAGGAGAGCUCCUGAUGGAGAUGAAGAAGGCACAGGGGAAGGACAGUGAAGAGAUGUCUGCCAGGCUGGCUCAAGAGAUAGAGGUGCUGCGUAGUGAGAACAAAGAACUCUACAGACAAGCCUCCUCUGCCAGCAGUUCCAACAAACAGUAUCAGAAGAUGAUUGAAGACCUACAACAAAAGGUUCACAAUCUCCAGAAGAAAUCCACUAUGCUUGAAAAACAGGAGAAGCAGCACCCACAGGUGGAUGCCAUUCCCAAUGGAAAAGACUUCAUGAAACCCAUGUCCACUAAGGGUCAAGUAGGUCAAGGCAGAGGUGGAAUGCUGGUCGGUAAAAUUAUGAUGGUCAGUGAGAAGGGAGUGAAUACUGACCAGGAUAAAAUGAGUGUCCAAUCAGUUACAACUGGUCAGCAAACAGAACUUGUGGCCUCAUCACAGCAUGUCACCACACAGACUGGCCUUUAUGUGGGUCAAGGUCAUCUUGGCAAUGAACCUGUGACAGUUUUCCCAGUCCAGCAUGCCAUUACUCAGACUGACCUUCAAGUAGGUCAAGGCCAGCUUGGCAAUGAAUUUGUGACACUUUCCCCAGUACAGCAUGCCAUGACUCAGACAGAAGAAAGAACUGCAACAGAUGGUUUUGUCAGUCCAAGUGACAAAUUGUCACAGGAUGGUGCCUCUGGUGACCCCUUAGAUAUGGAUGAUCUAGGACCUCAUGGUCCCUUGAGGAGCAUUGGUAAUGUCAGUGAUGUGAAGGAGUUACAGAGAAGUCUUGCCAGUGCCACACUGGAGAAUGAGCUUCUCCAGUCUAAACUGACCAAGACGAACACUGAAAUGUCGGCCAAAAUUACUGAGAUAAACAACCUACUCCAAGAGUGUCGAGCAGAGCUGACAUCUGUGAAAGAAAAGAACAAAGAGCUGAAAAGCAAUGCAGAAACUCAUGACAUGAAAAUGGAGGCUCUCGUUGCACAAGUGAAGACAUUAGAGAAUUCUGCUUCAUCAAGUCAGAAAGACAAUGAAAAACUGAACAGACAGCUGAAUGAAGCCCUGGCAACCAUUAGGAGUCAGCUAAGUAGUCCUGUGGCAAACACUGCGAUGCUGGAAAAAGAAGCUGCUUUUUUGAGAGAAAAACUUUCGUUAGUUGAAGAGGAGAGGAAUAAUCUGAGACAUGAACUAAGUUGGAUCCGCCACCACAACAGCACUGCACAUGACACCACCAGGUGGCCACAAGACUCCACUAGCCAAGACAACCCUGGCACUAUGGAGCUGGCACUUGAACCAGCCACUGAGAAGCAGGAACUCCUCACAGAACUAGAUAUGCUCAAAGAUGACUUUGAAUACAUGAAAAGAGACAUGGAGCAGGUUCAGAGGAGUUUUGAUCAUCCUUCUAGUCACUCAACUGACCAGCGGUCCUCAGACCAUUAUACUUACCCACGCUCAACAAAUCGCCUUGCUCUUGCCAAACCGCACACUGCCCAUGACAGACACCCAGCCGUUACUAAUGCCAACACGACACCGGGAAAUAAAGGUGAAGUUGUGAAAAAUCUGGGCGACUUAAACGUCAAAGUUACAAUUAAAUUAGAUGAGAAGUUGAGAAAGGACCCUGUUGGAGAGAACCCCCAGGAUCACCCGCGUCACUCACGGAGAGAGCCUGUGACAUCCACGCCAAAACACCUGGCACAGACAGCAGCUUGGGUGGAGACACUUCCAGUCGGCCAAAGGGAACCUCUAGAAGCUUUGACGCCACUGACUCCAGACACUCAUGAAGGUUUACGGAAACUGCCUCCUGAAAAAAGGGAAGGUUCAAAUUAUUCCACGCCUGUGAAAAAAGUGGGUUCACUCACAGUUACACCUGAGAAGUGGAAUAACACCCAGUCACAGUCGGUGGUACCCAGAUUGAAUCUUGACAGCGGUCAUGAUGAGUCAAGGUCAGGUGCUCCAUUGUUAGGUACUCCACAGAGUAGCAAUACCAGCAGCUCUAGCCGUGUAUCUGGUGGUACAGCUAUCCACAUGGGGGAGCCACUGAUGGCAAGCAGUCCUUCCAGGGCUGUAUCUGAUGAUCGACAAACAAGGGACAUGGAACAUGGGAAAGAGCACCCAGGAGGCAGGACAGAAUAUGCAGGACACAGGACAGAAAACCCGGCACACGGGAUGAAGUUUGAAAACAGGCACAAGGAAGCACAGGAAUGUAGUACAGCCUCAGAGACCAGACACAAAGAAAACAUGGGACAAAGAAGGGAGUACGCUGCGCCUGCAAGGACUAUAGACAGGUUUGAAGAUGGAAGGUCCAAAGGAGCUAAGGAUCACAGACAAGCAGCCCUCCAGUCUGACAUAGAACAGAGGCUAUACUACCAAACCAGGGCCAGUCAUGCUGGUCACAAGGAGCACCAGGACACAAGAGCUGCUCCAGUACACUCCAGGGCACCUGUAGACCACCAGAGGUCUCCACUUUAUUCUUCAUCCAAGCCUCAUGAAAGUGCUGACAGGGGGCGGUCUUCUCUUCCUCAAAAUAAGGACCAAAGUAGGCAGGUUGGCUACGAGAGAGCAUCUGAAACUGGCUCAGUCCCCUCUAGAUCCCCAACACAGCAUGGGGCUAAUAUGAGAGACUUGUAUCAUAAUCCAUAUCACCAUGGGAAGGAUGGUGAGGCUCAAAGAGGGGGUAUUUACGUUUCGAAGACUACUGUUUCUAGCAGUCGCCAGGAGAACAGACACAGCCCAGGGGGUGGAUUGAUACGAGAGACUGUGGCGCAGAGGAUGGAGGUGAGAGAAUUCUCACAGCUGGAGCCAGAAGCUGUUACAUCAGAGGAGGAAUAUAAAGAGUUGCCAAGGUCUAAAUACACCAAAGGUAGCAAGAACCCAGAUAGGCCUGGUUUUCGGGAUCAAGUGAAUAGUAAAAGGGAAGAUAAAUCAGGAGAUGUAGAUGGCAAAAGGCAAAGUGAUUAUCAGGCCCCUGAACUGGAACAAAGGGGAAGGUCACCAAGGUCACCCCCAAGGUGGAUGAGAACCAGAGGUGUGGGAUCCCCGCCGCUGAGACACAGAAGUGACAGUCAUCAGCGCCCUCUAGGGAGGAGCAGGUCUCUGACUAAUACAAGGGUUUCGAGUCCCCAGGGGCCAGGAAGGCCCCAGGGUAGCCCCCUUACCAAUCCUGACACCACAAUGACCGUAUCAGAGUUAGAUUCUUCUCAGUAUUCAUUCAGUCAGCAUUUUCUGGAGGAGGUAGAUAAGAAAUAUGGACUGGGGGACAAAAACAAGACCAGAAAUCCCAGGAGAGUCAGUCAGACUUCAGCACCACAGAACAGCACCUACAGCUUCAGCCAUCUUGAUGGCAGUCAGCACAGUUUGGAUGACAGUCAGAGACAGGCUGCUGAAGCCAUUGAGAAGAAGUAUUUGAACUCAUCGCCAACUGCUGGUGACAGACAUCUGUCUCCCUUCAGAGGAUCUGGGGAUAGACACCUGUCGCCAUCUGGUGGAUUUGGUGACAGGCACACCAGUGGUGCCAGCUUUGACACCAGUAUUGAUAAGUAUUACCAGGUCAGAGAUACCAGCAAGAGGUCAGUUGAGGGUCAGGAAAAGGUCAACAGGUCAAAUGAUGGUGCUACUGAGUCCACUCUGAACCAAAGUUUUGCAGUUCGUGACCUCAGCAUGGAAUUUGAGCAAGUAUCAAAAAGGGCCACGGAGCCCAACAAGUUGUCCCCAGAGGAGAGAAGAUACGCUGAUAAGCUGAUAGACAAGUACCUCACACAAGCUACAGGCCUGCCUCCUCCCAAGCCUUAUGACAGGACUUAUGGGGCCAGUGAGGGCUCAACUACUGGGCAGAGGCCACUAAAUGCUUGCCAGGAGGCAUACAGUAGCAGUGAGCAUUUGCCUAAUAGGCAGGCCCCACCAAAUUCUCAUCAGAGGGAGUAUGGUAGCAGUGGGCAGCAGCAGGUGUCUGUUACCAAUGACCACUGGAGUGUGAACAUAAAAAAUUCCUCUGACCAAAGAAGAGAUAGAGGUCUGGAGCACAGUGGUGUGGUCAGUGCAGUUGACCUGGGAGAGAUGGACUCUGACUUUUCUGGUAUAGACAGUGGUCAGUUUGAGCCCUACCCUACACUGCCCGAGCCUGUCCGCCGCCCAAGAUUGUACAGUAAUACUACGGAGGAAGACUCCAUUAGUACCUCUGGCUCCACCUGGCUUAACAUUGAAAUAGCAAAACUUCACAACGACGGCUUCUAAUCACCUUCUGUCAUUCCUCAGUCACUCAGUUGUUACAUUAGGUGGCAGCGGUGGGAUGCUACUGAUCACUUCUGGGACUCACUUCUUUCCUUUCACCUACUGCUUGAUGCUUUAGUCCAGUCACAUAGGGAUGGUUUCAAGUUAGGAAAUAACAUUAGCAAAAAUACUCUGUUUGAAAAACAUUUUCUUUUCUGCUGCUUUUUAGUAACUGGAAAAUGUUGUUUUGGUGUCAAUGUACAUAAAUCCGAAAUGUGGCUUAGGUCCCAUGUAAAACAUGGCUAAGGUCCCUUGUAAAAUGUAUAGAACUGAAAAGAUAUAUAUGGCUUUUAUAGGAUGUUAGUUAAAUGUUAUAAAUCAGUGUCAUUGGUCCAUUCCAAAGUGCUAGUCAUUUUUGAAUGAUGUGGUUUCAGUAACUGUAACCUUAUUUAGAAUAACAUGUCCGUCCAUCUAAGAACGAAUUGUGGAUAAAUGAGCUUCUCUGUUGCAGUAGAAAGAACAAGACUAGAUCUCCUACUUUUGUUGACUUAUCGUUUUUUUUUUUUCUUAAUUUUUUAUUACCUUCUGUUAUUACUAUACUUGAAUUAGUGUGUGCUUUUUUCUUCCAAAGAUUGGUUAAUUUUAACAUUGUGUGACAAUCUGUAUGUUAUACCUUGUACUGUACUCUGUUGCAGAUAAAUAUACCAAAUCGUGAUUAUAUCUUAUUUAAUCCAUUUUAAGUGUAAUUUUGCCUUCAUAUUGUAUCAUGGCGUGGCACUUUACCUUUGUUAUGAUUUUUUUUCUUUUUGUACAUCAGUUAUUGUGUCGUACAGCUUUUUAUGAAUAUAUGGUACAAGGAAAAUGAUACGGUUUGUAUAUGUAAAAGUCUUGAUAUCAAGUUGAAUACUCCCUGCAGUAUAUGUGCCACAUAGUUUCUCUCCUAGAUGUUGUAAUGUUUUUGAACUGUUUAUUUUAUUUACAAGUAUUUGCUAGCUGGCAAAACAAGCAUAGAACUGGCCAUUGGUGUUGAUGCACAGCUUUUUUUGUGCUGAAAAUCCCUUUUUAAGGAAUCUUUAUAAAGGCGUGUAGGAAUUUUUUAUGGAAUUUCCAGGUUUCAUUUAUAGUAUAAUCACUGGUUGAUAAACGAAAUUUGUGAGAUAUUUAGAUUACAUGUAGUUGGUUUGCUAGUUUAUAUAAACAUAUCAGUGAACUGGUAAUUAUGCAGUAAAAAGACAUUCCUCUGUGGGCACAAUGCCCUGGCAGAAAUUUUAAGAAUUCCCUACAGAGAGGAUGAAUAAGUUUUAAAUUUUCAUGAAGUAUUGUUAUUAAAACAGGUCCCAGAAGAAAUAUUUAAUGUUUCUUUGAUCAGUUAAAACUAUAUGUACUUUUACUUGCAUGUAAACAUAUCAUAGUGACUAACUUAGCAAUGUGAUCAGCAAAGAUGAGGUGGGCAAUAUACAAAUGCACUUCUUAAUUAAUAAAUAGAAUAAUUGUUAAUAAUAAAUUAAGCUUAAUAAUAUAGUUUUACAUAGGUCUGUAGAUAGAAGCAUUGUAAUCCAGUCACUGGGUCACUUUUUCAAUGUUUAGUUUUUUGAGUAUGAUCUGGGAACCAAAUUGUUCCCUUUGGAGGAUUUAUUUAUUUUUUAUGUAUGAAAAAAAGGGGGUUAUAAAGUUGGUAGAUUAUGUACGAGAGCUUCAAGAUGGGGAAAAAUUCUAGGGAGAUCGGGAGGGGGGGUGUCCUUACAACUUAGUAAACUCUGUGCCUAAUCCUAAUAAAAAUGCAACAUCAGGUGCUCUUUGAGAGUUAUACAACUACAUGAUGUAGCUAAGAAUUAUUAUAAUGUCAUUUUAUUAUAUGUGAUACACUUAUAUUUAAGGAUUUAGUUUGAUUUUUCAAUAGUUGUCUUUCUACACUCAUUAGGAAACUAUGGAUUGCACUUUUCAUGCCCGCAGUAAUUUACUACAUAUCCUAUUUUAUGAUAAUAAUAUUAUAUUCCUCUUUAUAGCAGUGUUUCUAUUUAUAUUAUUUUUUUAGAAUGGGUAAAAACUGGCAUCUGACACCCAUAUCUUUCUUAAAUUGCCACAAACUUUUUUUUCUAACAAAUAUCAUAAUCAGUAUCACUGUCAAUCCAAUAAAUUAUAACCUGUCUGCAACCAAUUUUAUUUUAACUUGUUUACAGCUUGACUGAAUACUUUAUGUUAUAUACAAUUAUCCCAGAAUGUUUUAGAGUUAAAGAUAUAAACUUACAUGAAACCCCGAUCUGAAAAACUAACUAAAAGAGGUACAGAGAACACAUUUAUUGUGAACAGAAAUACAUCUUACAGAUAGACCAUACAUAUACAUACAUACAUACUGACACAUCAUGUACAGGUAAAUCUCACCACAAAUUAAAUAAAAUUCUAAAUCUGGUACAAAAAGCUUCAAUCCAACAACACAAGCACCAAUAUUACUUGGUAUCACAUACACAUGUACUUAAGUAUAAUACGGCUUUUAAAACUAAAUGGUUAAAAAAAGCUGUUAGUAAAAUUAUGCCUAGUAAAACGAUCAUAGGGAUAUGGCAGUUAUUGGUGGUACAUAUUAUUUUGGCCAUUUAAAGGUGGGAUAUGUCUCCAGUCUGACACCUAAAAUCACAUCAGUCAAAAUUUGAGACACAGGCUCUUGGUGAUAAGAAGUGACCCAUAAAAAAAUUACAUACUGGGACUUUACAUUUUGGGGUAAAUAAAUGUACAAUACAUAGCAUUCACAUCUUUAAAAAGAAAUUGAUAAUAUCUAAAUUUAUAUCUCUUUAUGGCCACUCCACAGUGUUUUCCCUUUCUGGCCUAAUUUGCCCCACUAGUUCUUAUAAAAGAGUGGAAAGACAACCAUUUUUCUCAAAAUAAUGCAAACAAUUAGAGUAGAAAAAAUGAAAUGCCUGCUAACACAUAUUUGUACACAAAAGAAUUUACAGCAGGGAAAUCUGUGGAAUGGCCUAAUACUAGAAAAUAAAAGUUUCAAAAUGUGAGAACAUUUAUCAAAACAAUACCU